AUAUAUACUUUGAUUGUUAUAUUCAGUCACAAAUGUGUGUAUGAUGGAUUACAGUUUAGCCGCAUUGAAGCUUCUGUGUUGUCAGCUGAAACACGCUCGAGAAGUACCGUCUCAGAAUGGCUUCACGCUCGGCGGCAUCCUCUUCCAACGCGCAUGGUUGCAGGGCAUUCUGGUCUCCUCCUCCGACGCCGACGGCGGCCGUCUGCUUCUCGACGACGGAACCGGCGUCAUCGAACUCUCACUCUCCAGCGGGUUCAGUCUCCGCCAAUGGAAAGUUGGGAUGUAUGUGAUGGUGGUUGGAGGGUACGUUGCACGUGCGGGAGAGUCACCCAUGAUCAAGAUUCACAAGAUUGUUGAUCUUUCAUCAUCCCCUGACCGAGAGGCAAUGUGGUAUCUCGAAGUUGUGGAGGCAUACAAACUGUUCUAUCAGCCUCUUGUUGAAGAAUUUACAUAAUUGGGAGUACAUGAUUCUACAAGAGAAAGGGUGUUUGAGAUUGGCAUCUGACAUUGAGGUGGUAUUCACAUUAUAUUCUUUAUUUCGUGAAAAUUUACUAACUGCAUUUAAAACUAUCACUGUAUUGUUCAUGAAAUAUACAUAUUUGUGAUGCCAAUCUAAUUGUUCUUCGGUGUUCUAAGAAAUCACUUUCUUGUAGCUCCAUUAAUCAUCACCUGUGUUAUAUGAGCA